UGCGUCACGUCAAUUUGGCGGGAAAGAGUAGCCUACCUGGCAGCACGGAGUUGGCGCAGAGAAGUUAUCUUUCUCUCAUACAUUCCUCAAAGUUAACGUAAAACACUGCAAGCUCGGGCAUAAUGAUUGGACAGAAAAGCAUAAGAAAUUUCUUCACUCCAGUUGAUAAAAAGAGGAUUAUCGAAGACGUCAAGGAAAAUGAAGAAGACGUAAAGGAUAGUGUGAAGAAACGAAAGGUCGAGGACACGAACACUGGCUCCUCGUCUUCGCUGAGCCCGGAGCAGUUGGACCGUAUUGCCAGCAACAAACGAGCGGCGUUAGACAGACUGUUGUCCCACACUGCACCCGAUGGCAUAGAAGAGAGCUGGCGAAGAGCCUUGACCAAAGAGUUCUCCAAGGCGUACUUCAAAGAGCUGAUGUCCUUUGUAGCAGAUGAGCGAAAGAAGCACACCGUCUAUCCUCCCCCUCACCAGGUCUUCACAUGGACCCAGAUGUGUGACAUAAAAGAUGUGAAGGUUGUGGUAUUGGGGCAGGACCCAUACCAUGGGCCAGGUCAAGCUCAUGGACUAUGUUUUAGUGUGCAGAAGCCUGUCCGUCCUCCACCCAGCCUAGAGAACAUGUAUAAGGAGCUAUGUUCUGAUAUUGAGGGCUUCCAGCACCCAGGUCAUGGGGACUUGACAGGCUGGACCAAACAAGGAGUGCUUUUGCUCAAUGCUGUACUAACAGUUAGAGCACACCAGGCUAACUCGCACAAGGAUCGAGGUUGGGAGACGUUCACAGACGCCGUCAUCCAGUGGCUCAGCACCAACCUGGAUGGAUUAGUGUUCAUGCUGUGGGGAGCCUAUGCUCAAAAGAAGGGGGCAGCCAUCAAUAAGAAACGGCACCAUGUCCUGCAGGCGGUCCACCCUUCUCCACUGUCGGCCCACAGGGGCUUCUUUGGCUGUAGGCACUUCUCCAGAACCAAUGAGCUGCUGCAGAAGUCUGGGAAGGCACCCAUUGACUGGACUCUUCUGUAAAAGUCCUUGUGACUAGUCUCACCUUUAUUGAAAAGGUCUUUCAGUGUCCACAUAGGCUACUUUUGAGUCAUUUCAUUUAUUAUUGUAUGUCCAUUUCCUUCUAGUCACUAUCUCUUCAAAUGUGUGUUGUUCAACCCAGAGCUCCAAUAAACUGUCUUUUUUUAACGUAUUCAUUGCCAAAAGAUCUACAUAGUGACAGUUGUGGGUAAUCAUCCGUUACCAGGUUACACUAGUCAGUUCCAGCUAUAGCUACGUUGUAACACUAACAGUACCAGUUUUAUUUUCAUGUUUUUCUUCUGUCUCCUAGAUGUAAAUAUGUUUUAUGUUGUAUGCUUUCUAUUUUGCUAAUAAAUUGCAAUUCAAAACA